AUGCCGGUGGGCGUGAACGGCCGAGAACCUGAACCUCAGCCUGCACACCGCCUUAACGGCCGCCGUGACCGCGGGUCGGGCUCUCUGCGCUUCUGGAACUCGCUGACGACUGCCUACGCGGGUUUCCCUAAACGCUGGCCGGACGGCUCUGUGGAACUUCCCGUUCCCACGUCGACCCCCGCCCUGGCGGUGGUGGUGGCGUUCUUCAUCUGCUGGGCGCCGUUCCACGCGCAGCGGCUGGUCGCCAUGUACGUGACGGCGGGCGCGCAGCGCGAGCGCGGACCGUCCGAGCUCAUCUACGCCAUCGUCACCUACACGUCGGGCAUCCUCUACUACGUCUCCACCACCAUCAACCCCAUACUCUACCAGAUCAUGUCCCACAAGUUCCGCGAGGCCUUCAAGGACACACUGGGCAGGUGCUGCGGGCUGCGCGGACACCGAGCACGGAGAGCCUACUCCAUCCUGUCGCGGUCGGCGCCCCGACACGCGUCGGCAGCGCACGCCGCGGCGGCAGCCGGAGGGCGCGGGGGCGGCGCCGGGGGCGGCCUCGGGGGCGGCGGCGUCGGCGCCGGAGGCGUCGCCCGGUGCGGCGAGUCCGCGACGGCCACCGACUGCUCGGGCAACAGCGAGCAGCUGCGCAGCGACGCCGCCUCCGGCUCGGCCUCGGCGUCCGGCUCGGGCAGCUGCGGCGGCUACUCGGUGGUGGUGAGCGCGAGCGCGCGACACCACGGCGGCUACGAGGCGGUGGUGGUGCCCGCGCUCAGCCGGCAGUCGACGCGCGCCAGCAGCCGGCCCUUCCUCUCCAGCGGCUCCUCCGCCGCGCUGCCCACCUCCCCGCCGCCGCUGCCCGUCGCCAGCGGCCGCCGCAGGAGUCACCGGAACGGAAAGCGGUCCCGGGACCCCUGGCGGCUGCUGCGCUGCCUGUCCACUUCGUCAGAGCAGUCCCUGGAGCAGCUGCCGCCUUGCUACCUGCCGGAACCCAUCACCGCGGAGUCGUCCAAGGAGCAGGUCUGCCCACGCCGCCCAAAUGGCGAGGCCAUCACCAUGCUGCCGGUGAGCCUGAGCAACAACAGCAACAACGUGAGCAACAGUAGCCUGCGUGACGUGGAGCACGGCGCUCUGGAGGACGAGCUGUCGGCCUAUAUGGAGGAGCUGAACCGGCGCGAGCGCUGCUGAGAGUUGGAGUACGCGGCGGCGGCCGCCGCGCGGCAGCACCGUCGCCGGCGCCACCGCCACCAUCACCACCACGUCCAGCAGCACCACAACCACAACAGCCCGGACAGCCAGGGUCCGGCCCAAGUAUGCGCGCAGGAGGAAACCUCCCCACCCCCAGACGAUAGCACUAGUCGGCUUUCCACUGAGAAUUGCGCCAUGGCUACUGAGUGCUUUGGAAAUUCAGUGGGCUUCAAUGGAGAGGAGUCAAACUUGGAAGUCAUUCCAACCGCUGUGGUCAGUGCCCAUAGAGAACCUCCAGGCGUCAGAGAAGAGGCAGCGAAUUCUGGAGAUAUCCCAGUUCCAUCCGAAUUCCCCAGUAGAGGUACUACAGAUGUCAGUGGUUUGGUGGCUUGUACCAUGGAACGACCAUUAGAAGUGGACACUAUAUUUGGUGAAACUGUAACUGUCAUUGGAGAACUAUCCACUACUACUGAGCUUCCAGUAGUAGCGGAUGUUGCCAUUGGAGAAGCUGCUGUUGUCAAUGGAUAGAUGUUGAAUGUGACACACUACCCUUCUGUGAGGGCUGUUGUCUUUUGAAUGACUGGUAGCGUGUGCAACGGGACGUGUAGUGAAAGAGACUCCUGUUACUGUACAGACCCCAUUAUUGUCCACGUUUGACGAAAUCAUGAGCUUAAUGUAGGUUAAUAGCACAUUUCCUGCUAUUCCCGACCAUUGCUCUGAAAAAACUGUGGGACAAAAAUGAAAACUAUGGUAAGUUUGUUAGUGAUGAAUAUCACCAUAAUUAGUGGUAAGGGUCUCGUAACCUACAGAGUGGAUCCUAAAACGACAUUACGUAAGACGGAAAUGGUUUACUUCGGCUCGAGGGUACAAAAUGUUUGCCUAGGCAACUGAUUGCUACAAACUGACAAGGGAAAGUCUUGGGCAUCCUAACGUACAGAUUCACCUUUGACGUGUGUCACUACCUCAUAGGUGUUUUGUUCUAAAGAAAAAGACUGGUUUAGAUAAGUUCAUUUACUGGAAACUGUAAAUAACGAUUCUGCAGUCAGUCAGAGGAAUACCUUGAUACUUACGAUGUACAGAAGCAAUAUCUACUCUAACCCACUCCCAAAGACGUUAUCACUAGCCUGAGUGUGGCAUGCAGUGGAAAUGUUCUUUAAUUUCAUUUUAUUCAAAUAUCAUGUUCCUCCUCGUUUUAAAUGAUAGGGGUAUCGAUGUGUCUCUCUUCUUAACGAUGUAUCAUCAAGAAAGAAAUAAGAUGUUGUAUGUUUCGUAAUGCUCUUGCUUAUUGGCUAAAUAGAUUCACAUAACAGUUAUUCUACUGGUAAAUGAAACUAUUGUGGACAGAUAAACCUAUCACAGACUGGGAUCAUUGUAGGUACUACCUCAAGUAUUCUUAUGUGUAUAGCUGAACAUAUGUUGUCAUAUUCAUAGAGCUGUGUUUGCGAUGUACCUGACAUGUUGUGUGCUGAUUAUAAUUAUGUGUACAUAACUGUAAUUUCUCUGCUGACACUUUAAGAUAAGAAUUAAUCAUGUAGUAAGCUGUUCAACAGCUGUGAGAAGCUGCAUUAUUGUUGGGUGUUUAGUAAACAUAUUAAAUUCAUAUUUAUCUCUCAAGAACGAUCGUAGAGUUUAUCGUGUGGUAUUUUGAUUUGCAUCUUACGCAGUUUCUAAAGGCCGGCAGUUCAUUUCUCAACUUGCAGUCAUACUGCAGCAAUGAAUGUGUCAAGACUAGCAUUUAUAUAUGUCAGUGUUGAUGUUUACUGCAGGAAAUUCAAUAAUUUUGGUUAUUUGAAUCCCCCUUUUAGUCAUUCUCCAAUGUAAUGGUACUGGUAUGCAUUAAAAUAUUUUCUGAGGGAGUAAACGGUUCUUAUGGUCUACGCAAGCAUCUCCAUCUUCACAUACUACUGACUGUAAGGCGACAGACAGUUUCUAAUAACGAAAAUAUUUAUUUUCUUUAACACUGUGACUUAAGUAUUUUAUAUAAUUCCUGAAGCCUUUUUCAAACAUCAGAAAUAUUCAUAUGGAGUAAUAGCCUACUUGAUAGAAACUACAGCUGUAAGUACAAAGAACACAAGCCCUUCAACAUAUUAACAAAACUUCCUGCAAUUUCAGAAAGAUCAUGAUUAUGGCUGGUUCACUGAUCUACUCAUUUGAUAUAAAAAAAAAUUAAGCACGACAUCUAUUAACAAAAGGUAGUUGCAAUCUUUUUACCAACUGUUUCAUUUUUUUAUUAUUUUCUGUAGCUGUGUGAUAAUUCUACGAUCACAAGACACGUUGGACAAGUGUUUUCCUCAUUACAAGAUGGUGAGGCGCUUUUUAAUUCAAUGUCAUAUUUAUUUUCGUUAACAGGUGCAUAUUCUUAAGUUUUCUCAGAUGUGUAUGGAAACAGGUGAAUUAAUACGACGCUGCUUCAUUAUUCUUUGAAACUCUUUAUAUGUACAUUCGUGAUGUAUAAUUUAGUUCAUAAUCCAAUCACAGAAACGGUAGAACAUAUCAGAAGUCACAUUUUCCGUUGGCCCCAAACCUAAACAGUUUUGCUAAUUCACACUAAAUAUGUUUCUUAUCAAAUGUCUGCAUAACAGCUUUCCUAAUUCUAGCACAACAGAUUUGUUUCAGAAACUAUUACGCUCAAUGACGUUUACAGUAGUUUAAUAUUAUGUAUUCUCUCUUGAUUUCGAAAAGAAACAUAUAUGUGGUUUAGACAGUGUAAUAUAUUUUCACUUCUUGUACAUUGUCCUUAGAUGAAUAUUUAAUACUUCAGAAAGUAAAUUUAUGGUUUCAUUACUGUCUGUAACUGUUCUCAUACCAUUUCUUCAACUUUUGUAGGUUCUCACAAAACCGUCCAAACGUUUGAUAAAUUUUUGGUAUCUUAAGAGAACAUAAUCGGUUGAUUAAUACAUCAGUCAUGUUAUAGACUUGACACCAAAUUCAUAGUUCUGUCAUCUCAGUGUCUCUUCUUGCAAACAUCUACCAAAUUUCAGUGAGAUUCUCAUUUUGAGUUCCUCUUCAAAAAAGGCAGCUGUACAUGUAAUUAAUUAAUGAAUGUGUGAUAUACAUAUAUAUUCGUUUUAGAAUAAUAGAAAAUUUACAAUUUUUCAUUUGUAACCAGUGUUCAGUACUAAAAAUUCCAUCCAUAAGGAAAGCUACAAAAUCAAUGACAUUCUAUAUGAAUGGAAUCAUUAAUUUAUUUCCUAGGAAUUUCAGGAAGUAUUUACGUCUGUGUGUAGUACGCCUCAGAGGAUAAUUGCUGUUGUUAACCAUAAUGUGAGUGCUAGCUAUGUUUUGGGGAAUUCCCGAUACUAUUUCAAAUUUAUGUAUCUUUGCGAUGAUUGAUGUGACACAUUUUUGAUGUUUUUAUAGAAGCAGUUGCUAUGCAUUCGGUUCAAGUCUGGUAAAUCGUUGCAGAGUAAUAAUUCCAAUGUGAUUGGUUACAAGUACCAAAUCCUUGUAGUUUUAUUAUUAAUCUGAAGACUGUUUUUGAGUGUAUGUAUUCAUCUUGGAUGAUUAUUGAACGAUUGCUCAUUUUGUGAUUGCUGUAAGACUGGACGAACAGUUUACACACUGCUAUGCCUCUUUCUGAGUCACACUCUUUCUCAAGCCCUGCUGUUCCAGAAAAAAGUAGGUGAUGUCGUAUUAGUGGCGCAGAUUUUGCUUUCCAGGCAAAGGACGUCAUGUGUAUUACAUAACUCACAGAGUGUUCGGACAUGUGAAAUGGGACAGAUGUGUAAAUAUACUGUGUAUUUUUGUAAAUCAAUAACUAAAUGUUGU